GGCCACACAAACACAAUCCUCAGUCACAGCAAUGGGGCAGCACCACUUCCUCAUUAUAUCACUUCCACUGCAAGGCCACAUCAACCCAGCCCUCCAAUUCGCCAAGCGCCUGAUCAGAACCGGCGCCCACGUCACCUUCGCCGUCUCCGUCUCCGCUCAUCGCCGCAUGCCCAAAGGUCCAACCCUCCCCGGUUUAACCCUAGUUCCCUUCUCCGAUGGCUAUGAUGAUGGGAUCAAGCUCGAAGAUCAUGCCCAACACUAUUUGUCCGAGAUCAAGCGUUGCGGAUCAGAAACCCUCAGGCGGAUCACUGCAAUAAGCUCUGACCAAGGCCGACCAGUUACUUGCUUAGUGCACACCAUGCUCCUUGCUUGGGCGGCAGAGCUGGCGCGUAGCCUUCAGCUUCCGUCUGCGCUACUUUGGAUUCAGAGCGCCACUGUUUUCAUCAUAUUCCAUCAUUACUUCGAUGGCUAUGGUGAUGUGGUUGGAAACUGCAGCAAUGAGGGUUCAGAUCCAAUUGAGUUACCGGGGCUUCCAAUGCUACUGUCUAGCCGUGAUAUUCCGUCCUUUUUUCUCUCUUCAAACAUAUAUGCUUCAUGGAUCCCAGCAUUUCAAGAGGACAUGGAGGCACUAAGGCAAGAGACGAACCCCAAAGUGCUGGUGAACACCUUCGACGCACUGGAGGCCGAGGCGCUACGAGCUGUGGAUAAGGUUAAAUUGAUUGGAAUUGGACCUUUGGUCCCAUCUGCUUUCUUGGAUGCAAACGAUCCAUCUGAUUCUUCUUUUGGAGGAGAUAUUUUCCAAGAUCCGAGCAACUGCAUCGAUUGGUUGAACUCCAAGCCCAAGUCAUCAGUCGUUUAUGUAUCGUUUGGGACACUUUGUGUUUUGUCAAAGCAACAAAUGGAGGAGAUUGCACAUGCUUUACUACACAGCGGCAGGCCUUUCUUGUGGGUAAUAAGAUCAGCGUCCGAAAACGGAGAAGUAGAAGAAGAGAAGCUGAGUUGCAGAAAAGAGUUGGAAGAGAAAGGGAUGAUAGUGGUUUGGUGUCCUCAGUUGGAUGUUUUGUCACAUCCAUCAUUGGGAUGUUUCAUUACACAUUGUGGGUGGAACUCAACGUUAGAGUGCCUAGCUUCUGGAGUUCCAGUUGUGGCAUUUCCCCAAUGGACGGAUCAAGGGACCAACGGGAAGCUGAUUGAAGAUGUGUGGAAGACAGGCGUUCGGGUGACAGCGAAUGAGGAGGGAAUAGUUGAAGGCGAGGAGAUCAAGCGGUGCUUGGAAGUCGUCAUGGGAGGUGGAGAAAGAGGCGAAGAAUUGAGAAGGAAUGCUGGGAAAUGGAAGGAUUUGGCAAGGGAAGCUGUGAAAGAUGGCGGAUCUUCCGACUGCAAUUUAAAGGCUUUUUUGGAUGAAUUGGGACAAGGCAGUAUGAUUUAGUGAAAGUUAAAUUGUGUUGAUAUAAAGUUGUGUUACUGAUUGAACUCGUUUCUGGUGUUUUAUGGCUUUCCCAAAGGCUUAGAGUGCUUGUUGUUAGUGUAACUGCAUCCGGAGAAAAGAGAAAUUUCAAAUUUGUAUUCUCCAGCCUAUGAACUAAAAGAUAUCCCCCUAAGUCAUUUGCUUGGCUUGAUCAAUUGAUUUUGAAAUAAAAUUCAUAUUUACUUUGAA